UGACUCACACUUCUCAAAAAUCAACUGAACAAUCUUUAUUGGUAUUGGAGCAAUCAGUCACUUCUUAUAAAUACUGAAGAUCUUUUUGCAUGCUUCCAUUGGUAAUUUAGAGAUUUAUGCUUGAUAGUUCAUGAAGGCACAGACUGACAGAUUCAUCCACAGAGUCUUUAACGGAGUCGAGUCGGGACUCAAACCGGGCCACUAUAUUUCAUUUUUGGGGAGUUCUCUGGAACAUCUGGAAACUACUGUGGAUAAAAAAGGAUUAUUUAUAAAAUCAAGAAAAUUACAGACAACCCAGAGCAUUUAUGAGACUGUAAUACAACCACAGUGUCUUCAGUCAUCGGCUUCUUCAGCUGCUGACUGUAAUGCAGAAAAUUGAGAGAGCAAAGUAGUGACUGUAAUAAAUUAACACUGUUGUUAUCUAAGCAACAGAUUAUAUUAGCAAAUCAAAUGAAAUUAACAGGAUUUCUAUAUUUUUUAAAUCAAAUUAUACAUAGACAAACACAAAACUUUUACUCUUUUACUCUGUUAGUGGAGCAAAAAGUCAAGAGCAGCAAAUUGCCAUUCAUCCCACAAGUCCUUAUUUAGGGUGAGGCUCCUGAUGUCAAGGCCAGUCAAAUGAAUAUUUCAUCUAAUUUGAGUUUUUCAUUAAGUCUCUUUGUUUCCACUCAAACCUUUCAUGAUCAAAUUUAAACUGAAAGAAAGCUCAGGAAGAGUUAUUUUUGGCGUGUGCUCCUGCAGCCAUAAAAGGCCGGACACUGAUAAAACUCUGUCUCACGUUAGUUUGUGUUUUCUUCCGUUAUUGUGUAAAAAUAAACAUGACUCGCAGAUGACUGAGGUUUACAUGGAAAGAAGGACUUCCUGUUCACAUGGUAUAAAGGGAGAAUACCCAGUGCAUUCCUUCAGUUCACCUCAUCAGACUGAAGUAUGACGAACUGGAUCAGGACGGACCGCGUUCAGACUGCUCUGAACUGGAACUAAUCUGAUUGGACGCAACUGGAUUUAUCUUCAGUACCUGGAGAUGGCAUGUCUUGUGUAGCUGCUGACUCUGUGCUCAUCAGAUUUUCCUUUCUAAGGAUCUGUCCUCCAUGAUGCUGCUGUCCUGGAACUCUGUGAAGCAACACUUUGAGGAGACGGCCUCUCAGGCAUUGGACGUUUUCACCACCGGUGAAAGGACGACCUGGAUGAGGACCUUCCUCCUCCUCCUCACCUGCAUCACAUCGAGCCUCCUGCUCGGCUCCCUGCUCUUCCUCUACCUCCUCUUCGGCGUGGAUUAUGAAGUGGAAGUCGCAAGUGGCAUUACAGUCUGCUUCGGGGUUUCGCUCACUGUUGCCCUUUUCUUUUCAAACAGAGUGAGAUGUCUGGGGACUCUGUUUGUGGUUUCCAUUUUCAUGAAGAAGAGCCGGAACUUGCUGCUGACCGCUGGAACGAGUUUAGUCGUCCUUCAAAACAUCCGCAACACUCUGCGGAACCUGACCCGCCUGAUGCAGAGUAUGAUCUGCAACUUGAAGGCAAAGAAAGAAUCCAUCGUUGCUCCAUUUAGCAACUAUGUCAAGAUGUUGGAGUGGAUCGGAGACGUCCUCAGAGGGGUUACCGACCUGGGAGUUGUCAACCUUGACUCAAAGUUGAAGGUUUCGCCGAGAAUAGAGUCAGAAGUGUUCAGGUUGAAGCUGAGCGAGGCCGAGCAGAGGCUGAAUGAGACCGUAAGGUACGCUCAGGGCGUCAUGGAAACAAUCUUCUCUGUGACGGACAAGAUGCUUCCCGCCGUCAGCUUCCUCAUCCUGUUCACAUUCAUAGCUUUACGUGUCAGAAAGUACUGCAACAACGUGAAGUACGAGAACAGCUUCAUCAGCAGGAGGUUUGUUAAGUUUGAUGAGAAGCAGAAGGCCGAAGGGAAGCCUCACGUUCUCCCGCUCACCCCGAAGGAAGAGAAGCGGUACGCUGCCAUUCCGUCGGUGCGUCCCACCAGCAGCGAGGGGAAAGCCAUGCUGAAGUUUGGAGCUCCGGUAAUCUCCCACUUUGUUGCCUGGGCCCUUUUUAUAACGGUGGAUGCCUUGCUGUACUGCUUUGUUGAUAUUGUCACGAAAAAAUUAUCGGAGCUGAAGCCAUUUCACGUGCCCCUGAUGAUCAGCUUCAAGGGGAUUGCGACUUUGAUAGGCAUACAGAUUGAAGAAGAAAAAAGUCAAAGGGAUUUUUCCUACUCUGUGACUUUGUUUGAGAGGAAGUGUCUCCCUGAACCCGAGCUGCUUUUGUAUAACUCUGUGCUGCCGCUGAGCGCCAUCCUCAUCAUCCUGAUCAUUAUGGCUCUGAUGGCUUCCAAAGUCUCCCAGCUCAGACUAAUGGUCUGUGAUCGGUUCUUUUCCGAUGCCAGCAAUGAAAGGGUGGAGUUCCUGCAUCGCAAGAUCCUGAGAAAAAGAUUAAAAAUGAACAAGAAGGAAAAUGAAAGCAGCAUUAUGUCAUUUAUUCUAAAGCUACAUUUCUGGUGUCCGAUGUUCUUCCGACCCAAAGAUGAGCCUCAGAGUAUUGCUUAAAGAUAUGGUUCUCUUUCCCCAUAAUGCUAUCAUGCUCAAUCAGUUGCAGGUUUGUUAAAGACACUGAAUGUUUUAAAUUUCAAAAAUGGUCCAUCUUCAGGAUGGGAAAAUACAUGGAUCAUGGUAUUUAAAGACUAGAUUUGUGUGGAUGCACCAAACCUGGAAUCAACUACCUUUCUUCCUGGUUAAGAUCAGGAAUGCUCUGAUCUUACCCAACAUAUCGACUUGAGAUCCCAAUCAAGACUUUUCAAUGACAAAACUCAACCUGCAAGACUCGUUCAGCGGGUCCAGAGAGCCAUGUGAGGCCAGAUGUUUAAAAUAACAACUGAGAACACUACACUAUGUGCUGUACACAUUACUUUGUUGCUCUUCCAAGUCUGGGCCUCAAUAUGACACUACUAGCUGCUCCAGCCCCUGGUCUGUGUCAAGUGACUGCUCUGUGUUGUGUUCAGGUUCAUCUGGCUAUUUGAGAGAAGCUGCGCAGAGAGCAGCUCAAAUACUUGUUCUGGAAUUGUAUCAUAUUCAAUGCAAAGCACUACGUUUCUAAAGCAGAAGUUCAACUUUUUCCUGUAAGUUUUAUUUAUUUAAUUAUUUUUUACAUUGAAAAAAAUGAUGAAAAGUGUUACAAACUGACAGGUCAACAAGUCAUAUCAAAAUCAGAGUGCAAACAAGCUAAUGUUAGCUUCAGUACCUCAUCGACAGGAGCAAGAAGUGAGAUCAAUGAAGAUCACUGAAGACUGCAUAAUAACACAUUUUACAGCAUAUUGUCUGAAGAUUACAGUAGCUAGCUAUUCUCACCAAAAUAAACUAUGUGGUCCAACAAAUUAUUGGCAGCAUAUUUCUGUCUGGCAGAAACUACGCCGUUGGGACAAAAUAUGUUCAUUGUUAAGGAAAGCUGCUACUCCAGUGCCCAAAACAUUAUUGGUGAGUGAGUUAAGUAGAAAACAGCUACAUUAUGUUGACUGUGACAUACUGAUAGAAUAGGAUAGGUUUAUAUGACAGGGUCUUGGCACUGCUGCAAAUUGACCAGACUUCACCAAAAUGCUAUUUCUAAUUUCUGGAUGAAAUAUGUUGUGAAUUUAAACAGCAUAAGACUGGAACUGGGUAAAUAUAAUUAAUUGUCUUGGGUAAAUAUUUGGGGCAAAUACAUCCUGACUGAGACAUUCCAGUGUAAUCUGAUUACUUGCAUGAACGCCUACAGGUCACUGUGUCCAGCUCCCCAGGGAAAACGUCGUAUCAGGCUGAUUUAAGCAGUGUUUGGUAGAGACAAUGGAAAGCAGCCAAUACUCCAAGUUACCUUACUGAGUUGAAACUGUAAUGCACAGUUUCCCUAAUAUUUUGCACCAAUAAUAAACAAGAAAACUGUAAACUACUAUGUUUUUGAUUAUUCUGAAACAAUAAGCUGACAGAUCUGAUUGACCUGAUAUACUGCUGUGACGAAAAUAUGAACAUAAUAAAUAUAACAUUCCAUUAAACUGUGCUAUUUUCA